CCGCUCAGGGCUCGCGGGCUCGGGGGCCUCAGGUUCAUCCCCUCCCUCUGUUUCUUGAGCCUUCCCCUUCUCUCGGACUCUCCUCCCUUGCUCUUCCUUCCCUGGCAGCGGCGACGACUGGGCGAGCGGCGGCGCCAUUUAUCACGUCUUCGCCCAGCCAUUUGCCGGCGACGAGCAUCCUCCAGAAAACCAUGGAAGGGGCUGAUUUCAAAGAGUCAGAAGCUGAAUCUGUCAUCAAAGUUGCUAGAGAGCCUGCCAUCAUUAUCAAUGGUGUUCCAGACUUGCCCCCUGAUUGCACUGCUGGUGCUCUACCUGAGGUAAAAAAUGAUGCAAAAUCUCAAGUUGAUCCUCAUUUUGGUGAAUGGCUAGAAGGGAGGAAGGUGAGGAAGCUUUUCGGAGACACAUAUUAUGUCGGGAAAGUAGUCAAGUAUGACAGUGAAGGCAACUGGUACAAUAUCAUCUACGAUGAUGGAGACCAGGAAGAUCUUGAGUGGUGUGAACUUGAGGAGGUCCUGCUGCCGUUGGACAUAACUGUUCCACUCAGAACACUUGUUAUUGACAAAUGCAAACUUCAGGGAUCAAUUCCUGACUACAGCAGACCUAAGGUGGGUAGACCAAAGAAACUAUAUGCUACAAUUGGUGGUGAUACGAAGAGAACGUCAAAUAUGGUUACAGUAUCCCAUGGAAAUGAUGUUACGAACAAUCAGAUGGUUAUGUUUGGAGUAGAGGGGCAGGCUAGUAAUCAAUCUAGAAAGAGGGGCAGGCCUCGAAAGGAUGGAUCUUUAUCUGCCAAUAGUCAACCUAAAAAAAGAGGGCGGCCUCCGAAAAACAGGAAUUCUUUAGGAAAUUCUCAGAGUGCAGAAAAUACUCCUGAUUCUCUGGCCCUUGUGCCAGUGCAAGACAAUGCGCAUGAAUCUUCCAGGAGCCAGAACAGCACCCUUCAGCACAAUACAAUGACAGUUCGGGCUGAAAAACUUAAAAGAGAAAAUUUGCGUGUUCAAGGCACACCAUCAGGAACCCAGAAAUUCUAGGAAACAAGUAGUUUCACUUCUCGAAUAUAGAAAUCUGUGUGCAUUUCAGAAUCUAUGUGUGAUGCUUACAUGCUUUCAACCCAUAUUUUGUACAACCCGGCGUACAACAAAACUUGUAAAGCUAAGUCUGCUAUACCAAUGCUAUUGUAAUCUUUCCUAUACAAGUGUCUUCUGGCAUAUGUGGUCUUAGAAGUUUUCCUUGUGGAAA